CGCGCGCCGAGGCCGUUCUCGAGUGCGAGCCCGCCGGGUUACGUGCCGUCACGUGGGCGCGCGGGCCCGACUCCCGGCCGCGGCUCGAGCCCGCGCUCUCGUUCUUCGGCCCCUGGCGGUGGCGCGCGUGCCGCGGGGAGGCUCGGAGAGGCGCGCUCAUUUUCCCCAGGUCGCGCAGCGCUGGUGAACCCCGCGGGCAGCGCUGGCACGCGCGCCGGUUCAGGUUGUCUGAGCUCCAGAAGAGGGGCGCGUCCCCGUCCCCUGUCCCCUCGCCUGGGUAGGUCUGGGGGCUCCCUGUACACGUCGAAAGUCGCCUGCAGCUCGGCGGGCAGCCGGAGAAGCUUCCUUACCCCGCCCUUUCCUUUGCUACACUUUUUACACUUGGUAACGUACACGUACGACAUAAAACGUACCAUUCCAACCAUUGUCAGUUGUACUCAGUGGCUUCCACCCCUUUUCGUGUCUUCAGGCCUGGUUUAGUCCUGAAGGGCGAGGGGCUAAAAGACAGCUUUGUGACGGCAAAUGUCAGACUGUCAGAGGGUGGCGCAUCUGGCUCCCAGCCAGGUGUGCAACUCAGGGCAUUCCCGAGAGGGGGGUCCUGCAGGAAAACAGCCCGGGUCAGAAUCGAGGGCAGCGCCCCUGCUCUCGGACCGCCUCCCCCCUGGACAGCAGGGCAAGGGCGAUGGCACCCCAUCUGGUGCAGCCUGGGUGGCGCUUCUGGCGGCAGGCGGCGUGCACUCUGGGAGCCUCUGUGCAGCACAGGACAUGGGCAGGGACGUCCAGGAUCCCCAGGCUGGGCAGCCCGUGGGGAGCCACGGCCACCAGCCCCCGGGUCUACAGAAGUGGCUUUUCCACGUCCCCCCGGGCCCCGGAGGUGAUGCUGACCCGGGAGCGUUACCCUGUGAAGCGGCUGCCAUUCUCCGUGGUGUCUGGGGAAGACCUGGCAGCCUUUGAACGCAUCGUCCCCGGCAGGGUCAUCACAGACCCAGAGGUGCUGGAGGCUUCAAAUGUGGACUGGCUUCGAACGGUCCGAGGGAGCAGCAUGCUGCUGCUGAGGCCGCGGACGACAGAGGAGGUGUCCCACAUCCUCAGGCACUGUCACGAGAGGAACCUGGCCGUGAACCCGCAGGGGGGAAACACAGGCAUGGUGGGGGGCAGCGUGCCCGUCUUCGAUGAGGUCAUCUUGUCCACCGCCCUGAUGAACCAGGUCAUCAGCUUCCACGACAUGUCCGGGACCCUGGUGUGCCAGGCGGGCUGUGUCCUGGAGGAUCUCAGCCGUCACGUGGAGGAGAGGGGCUUCGUCAUGCCCCUGGACCUGGGGGCCAAGGGCAGCUGCCACAUCGGGGGAAACGUGGCCACCAAUGCCGGCGGCCUGCGGUUUCUGCGCUACGGCUCGCUUCACGGGACCGUCCUGGGCCUGGAAGCGGUUCUUGCGGACGGCACGGUCCUGAACUGCCUGAGCACCCUGCGGAAGGACAACACGGGCUACGAUCUGAAGCAGCUCUUCAUCGGGUCCGAGGGCACGCUGGGGGUCAUCACGGCUGUGUCCAUCUUGUGUCCGCCCAAGCCCAGGGCUGUGAGUGUGGCUUUCCUCGGUUGUCCGGGCUUCUCUGAGGUCCUGCAGACCUUCACCACCUGCAAGGGGCUGCUGGGUGAGAUCCUGUCCGCGUAUGAGUUCAUGGAUGCCGAGUGCAUGUGGCUGGUCACGCACCACCUUCGCCUCGCCAGCCCGGUGCAAGAAAGUCCCUUCUAUGUUCUGGUCGAGACCUCAGGCUCCAGAGCAGGCCAUGAUGCUGAGAAGCUGAAUGACUUCCUGGAGCAGGUGCUGAGCUCCGGCCUGGUGACGGAUGGGACUGUGGCCACAGACCACCUGAAAGUCAAGGCGCUGUGGGCCCUCAGGGAGAGGAUCUCGGAGGCGCUGAGCCGCGAUGGCUACGUGUACAAGUACGACCUCUCCCUGCCCACCGAGAGGCUCUACGACCUUGUGACUGACCUGCGCGUGCGCCUCGGCCCGCGGGCCAAGCACGUGGUGGGCUACGGCCACCUGGGGGAUGGGAACCUGCACCUCAACGUGACGUCAGAGGCCUUCAGCCCUUCGGUGCUGGGCACCCUGGAGCCCUAUGUGUACGAGUGGACGGCCGAGCAGCGGGGCAGCGUCAGCGCAGAGCACGGCCUGGGCUUCAAGAAGAGGGGCGUCCUCGGCUACAGCAAGCCGCCCGAGGCCCUGCGGCUCAUGCAGCAGCUCAAGGCCCUCUUGGACCCCAAGGGCAUCCUGAACCCCUACAAGACGCUACCUGCCCAGGCCUGAUAGGGCCUGCCGGGGCCAGUGGGAGACAUGGGAGGGGCCUUGGUCCUGUCCUGGUCUUGCUGUCCUGGUCACAGUGGGCCUGCAGGGCUG